ACUUGUCGUCGCCGAGCAACGAAGGAGCGGCUGGAAUUUGCCCGGAGCGCUCGUUCGCGCGGCCGCCCAGACGGAAGCGGAAGUGCCGGUACCGCGCGAGUAGGAAGUGGUGCUUCUCGGACUGGAGAUGGCCGCGCUUGCUCCGCUGCCGCCGCUCCCCCCGCAGUUUAAGAGUAUACAGCAUCAUCUGAGGACGGCUCAGGAGCAUGACAAGCGGGACCCUGUGGUGGCUUAUUACUGUCGUUUAUAUGCUAUGCAGACUGGAAUGAAGAUUGACAGUAAAACUCCUGAAUGUCGUAAAUUUUUAUCGAAGCUAAUGGAUCAAUUAGAAGCUCUCAAGAAACAGUUGGGUGAUAAUGAAGCCAUUACUCAAGAAAUAGUUGGGUGUGCCCACUUGGAGAAUUAUGCUCUGAAAAUGUUUUUGUAUGCAGACAAUGAAGAUCGUGCUGGGCGAUUUCACAAAAACAUGAUCAAGUCCUUCUAUACUGCAAGUCUUUUAAUAGAUGUCAUAACAGUAUUUGGAGAACUCACUGAUGAAAAUGUGAAACACAGGAAAUAUGCAAGGUGGAAAGCAACAUACAUCCACAAUUGUUUAAAGAAUGGGGAGACCCCUCAGGCAGGCCCUGUUGGAAUUGAAGAAGAUAAUGAUGUUGAAGAAAAUGAAGAUGCUGGAGCAACCUCCCUGCCCACUGAGCCACCUCAGCCAUCAUCAUCUUCAACUUACGACCCAAGCAACAUGCCAUCCAGCAACUAUACUGGAAUACAGAUUCCUCCAGGCGCACAUGCUCCAGCUAAUACACCAGCAGAAGUACCUCACAGCACAGGUGUAACAAGCAAUACUAUCCAGCCUACUCCACAGACUAUUCCUGCCAUUGAUCCCACACUUUUCAGUACAGUUUCCCAGGGGGAUAUCCGUCUAACCCCAGAGGACUUUGCUAGAGCUCAGAAAUACUGCAAAUAUGCCGGCAGUGCUUUGCAGUAUGAGGAUGUAAGCACUGCUGUACAGAAUCUGCAGAAGGCCCUCAAGUUACUGACGACAGGCAGAGAAUGAAGCCUGCAUACAGCAAGCAGUUCCAUGUAUUUUUGGCAUAAAAAACUAACAGUCCGUUUGCCUAUCAACAUCAGUUUUAAGGAAGACUUCAGUUCCAUUGAAUAUAACAGUGCAACCUAUAUAUAUCAGAUUCCUAUCGAAGCAUUCAUCAUCAGCCUCAACCACUUUUCAUUGUCCGUUUGAUGGAUCUGGUCAUCUCUAUGUAUAUAGGGCUGAUGUCAGCAAGACCCUGAAAGUGCCCAUUGAAUCUUCAAAAAAUGAAAACAUACCUCUAUAAAAUGUAUAUUGGGAAUAAGCUUUCUGUCAUAAUUUGCAUAUGAUUAGGGGAAUUUUUUUAAUACUGUGUGGGUAAACAGGCCAUAUUACUUUGCUUUAAAACUCUAAAUUUAACUUCUAAUAAAGAUUGCCAGAAUAUUCUAGAUUAGAGAUACGUUUUUGUUUUCCUCAAGACAAAAAAUAGAAAUGAACGUCCUAACCUGUUAAAUGAAUCUGAAAGACAUUAUGUUCAAAAUUCAGUUUAUUUCGUAUUCAAUAUAACUACAUUAAAAGUUUAAAUUUUUGUGGAAGGAAAUACGGUAAGGUAAAGUAGUAGGAUCACUUUUAGACUUAAGAAUAAUGUUGGUUUCCCAGCUGCUUUCCCUUAUCCAUUGAAGCUUAAGGUGAAUUGGUAUUUGCUUCGUAGGCAGUUUGACUGCAUGUAUUAGAGAAUGAAAAGAAGAUAUUUGUAGCAAUGCCUGGAAACUUGGUGCUUUAAGUUAAGGUUCUCCUCUGCUGCUGUGGAAUAGAUUCCAUAGGGUGGAUAGCUGUGAAUGAUGCAGAAGAUUAUAAGACUUUUAGAUUCCCGGGUUUUACGUUUAUAAGUUUUGUGGGGAAUUACGGACUUACUAUGUCACCUGCAUUUGUGCUGUGUGAAAAAUAAAUACAAGGAUUCUUUUAACUAGUUCAACUUAUUACAGAGCCAAAUGUCUGUCUUGAUUUGCAUGCUAAAACUGUCAUUUUUAACUCAUUAUUUUUAGCUACAAGAAUAUGGAUGUUUCUAUAGAGUAAAAAACAUUUUGUUUUGUUUUUUUUAAGUAAAUUUGACAAUUUUCCUGAAAUUUCUGGUCCAUUUCAUUCAUGCCACUAAGAUUGGAAUGUUUUAACUAAGGAGUCAGCAAGCUGUGGCCCAUGGGCUGGCCACCUCUUGUGUAAAUAAAGUUUUAUUGGAACAAAACCAUA